AUGACAGAGGCGCUCUGCAGCCAGCAGACAAAAUGCUUUAGCUGCUGCUUGCUAGCAGUCCUACGGUACACGCAGGACUCGGCAAUGACAGGCUUCAGUCAUCGGUCAGAGUGUUGUACUGUCCUGCGUCGCCCCCUUCUUCUCCCCCUCCCCCUCCCCACUUCCCCCACAGUGCACUCACUCUCUCGCCCGACUUCUUCCGAGCUCUGUUGCGCCCACUCUGGCCCACCUCCGAGUCCUGACAUCAAUUUCGCAACAAUUCUCGAAUUUUAUCUCCUCCUUCGUGUUUGUCGCCGCACCCUCGCCCGGUGUUCGCAAACUUCUCCUUCGGACCGAGGCCCCUUCGCGUUUACGUACAUGUACACGCCACGACCAUCGCGUGCUCCUCCGCCUACGCUACAGUUUAGGUAUCUCUACUCCCUAACCACACCAUCCGACUCUCGCCCCAUCCAUCCAAUCCCCGGGUCACGCCGGCUCCGAGCCCCAACUCAACCCGAGUUCCCAACCCAACCCAACCCGACCCCGGCCCGACCUACCCCACCCCACUGCGCAGAUCAUAUCCGUGCCGCAGGCUCGGUCCAGGUUCCAGGGACUCCGCUUCCGUCCGCCGCCGACACGUGGUCGCCGAUAAACGUCGGGACAGCGUGA